AUGUCUUUGUGUGAAGAUAUGUUGCUUUGUAAUUAUCGAAAGUGUCGCAUCAAACUCUCUGGUUAUGCAUGGGUCACUGCCUGCUCUCACAUUUUCUGUGAUCAGCAUGGCAGUGGUGAGUUUAGUCGUUCACCAGCAAUCUGCCCUGCCUGCAGCAGUACUCUUUCCGGAAAGCUAGAUAUUGUCCGCACAGAACUCAGUCCUUCAGAGGAAUAUAAAGCUAUGGUAUUGGCAGGACUGCGACCAGAAAUUGUGUUGGACAUUAGCUCCCGAGCACUGGCCUUCUGGACGUAUCAGGUACAUCAGGAGCGUCUCUAUCAAGAAUACAAUUUCAGCAAGGCUGAGGGCCAUUUGAAACAGAUGGAGAAGAUAUAUACUCAGCAAAUACAGAGCAAAGAUGUAGAAUUGACCUCUAUGAAAGGGGAGGUCACCUCCAUGAAGAAAGUGCUCGAAGAAUACAAGAAAAAGUUCAGUGACAUCUCUGAGAAGCUUAUGGAGCGCAAUCGCCAGUAUCAAAAGCUCCAAGGCCUCUAUGAUAGCCUCAGACUACGAAACAUCACUAUUACUAACCAAGAAAGCACCCUUGAACCAUCCAUGAUCACACAGGCUGGUGUUUUUGGCUUCCCAUCAGGCAACAAUUCCAAGUUUCCUUUGGAUGAUACACCAGUUCGAAAUCGGGGUGGUGGAGACGGAGAUUUUCAGUUCAGACCAUUUUUUUCGGGUUCUCCCACAGCACCCGAACCUAGCAAUAACUUUUUUAGUUUUGCUUCUCCAAGUCAUGAAUUAGAGCAGCAGCAAGUCUCUAGCAGGGCCUUCAAAGUAAAAAGAAUUUAGCUCACUUUACAGAGUGUUUCUGUGUUCACUUUCAGUGAUUUCAUUUAGCAAA